UCCAGACUGACUCUCCAGCUUUGCCGAAUCUCUCUACGAGACGAAACGGUUUUAGAAGAUUCUCUUGCUCUGCUGUUCAGAAAAGCGAUUCUUUUAUGUGCUUAAAUCGAGUUUUAAAUGCAAGUUGGCUUUCGCUUUUUCAGAACUUCUUUAGAAUGGCCACAGACUGACAGUUAGAUUGUAGUUCAUUUUUGAAUCAGAGAAUUUUAUUGGUGAAAAAUAAUCUACAAAUUCUGUGCUGUUCUCGAUUUAGAAAAGCAAGUGCGAUACUAAGCAUUCUAUACUGAGACAUUUAAAAGGUACCUUUUUAAAACUUUACAUUUUCAGCUUGUUGACUAUUGAUAUUAGAACAGUUGCAGGGAAACUGCUUCAUAGCGGAAGAGAAAAUUUUUAUGUCAGUAAGAGGCUGUGGGUACAAUAACUGUUUAUUGUAAUUAAGAAAGAAAAAGUUUUUAAAAGUUAAAAUCCUUUUUUCGUAUAUUAAAGAGAAAUAUUUACUAUACCAUUUUCUAAUAAUGUUUUAAUCCUUGUUACGGAAUAACAUUUUACCAAGAAAACUCUUCAAAAAUUCUGAAUACAUCACUUGGUAUUGAAAUAUAUUUUCUUUUUAUGCUAAAAAUUUAAAUUUUAGAGAAAAUGUUCUUAACGAUGUAAAGAAAUUUGAUGAAAAUGUCUCAACACAUUUCAUUUAAAUUCAUUUAAAUUUCAUAUUCAAUUUUGUAUUUCGAUUUGAUAACACCUUAAUUAAAAUAUUGAAAAUAUAAUAGCUAAAGAUUAAAAUAGAGUAGAUUUGAUAUCUCUAGAAAUAGUGCAUUGUUUUUUAUUUGUUGACAGGUAUUGAAAAGCGAUUCAAUAUUUCUUUUGAUUUAGGAAAAAUAGAGGAUUUAUACAAUUUAUCUGAAUUUUAUGUGAUUAUACACGUCUCAUAUUGAAGCAUUUACAAAUGUUUUCCCGUGACAGUUUUAAAUUAUAGAUCCACAUGUAUUUGUUUGAAGACACAAUUUUCAUUUUAAUAGGAUUUUAUCAAAGAAUUACAAUUAAAGCUUUACAAUUAAAAAGCAAUUUCUCGUAGGUUUGUAAGGAAAAAGGCGAAAAUAUAUCUAAGAUUUUAAAAUACUUGUAAAAUCGAACGUGUUUCAAGGAUUUUUAGAUUGAGAGAGAUCUUAUUAUUCUGAUAUAUUUGUACUGCUACAUUUACUUUAUAUUUCAUCGGAAAUAUUACAAUAUAUUUUUCUCGAACUGAUAAUAUUAGAUACCUUAACACAAAUAACGUAAAAUACUUUGGCAAAACUUGGUAAUUCUUGUACCGCUGUGUAGCUAAAGUGUUCAGACUGUUCUCUUCAUAUGUUUUUAAGUGAAUGAACUGAACUACAAAGAUAUUUAAUAUGAUAAAUGAUGUUCACAAAAGGAAUUUAGUUCGCUAUUUAAGAUUUAGUUGACAAUAUUGGAAAAAGAUAUUCUCAAUAUCAUAUUUCUUACAUAAAAUUCUGAAUUUUGCUAAAAACUGCGGCAUCAAAAAUAACUUUGUGCCAUUGUACAGAUUCUUCUGAACAUUCAAGUUCGUAUAUGUUACUAAUAUGUACGGUGACAAAAUAUUCCGCAUGAUUAAUUAAUGCAUGAUUUCAGGGAUUUUAUAUGUGCGGAAUUUGACAACGUUUCCUAACAAAUUCGCUGUAUAUUUAAACCGUUAUUGAAAAAAGCUGUGUUUACAUUAGCUUGUGGCUUAAUUAAAAGUAUUUUAAAACAAGAUGAUUAUUUUCUAAUUUUUAUCAGUUUAAAUUUAAAUAAAAAUUAUAUAAUUGUAAUUUCCAAACGCAAAAUAUGUACUAAAAACAGUUUCACACAUCGAAGUCAUCUGCAUAUUUUCUCACUGUUAAAUCAAUUUUGUGAGUAGUACAGUUUUUUUUAUACAUAUCUGUAAAUCAGAAGAAAUUUCUUCGCAUUAGCUUUGAAAAUUUCGAACAAAAUUAUUCAUUUAUAAAAGCCAUGAGAUUACUGUACAAUUAAAAAAUAGUGCGUGAAGUGAAAUCGUAUGUAAAUGAAAGGCAAACAUGAAGGAGAAAUCUAAAAUUGAUUGUUAACAAUUGACCAUAAAGAAAUAUUAUAAAUCGCACUAAAGAUAUUUAUUUAAGCGAUUUAAUUUCAUAAACUGCAGUAUAUAUCAGUGAUCAUAAAGAUAUAAAUUGCACCAGAUUUCAAUGACUAUUACAGAUAUAUUAUUUCCGAAAUGUCUGUAUCCUUGUAGAAAGGAGCAAUCGGUAACAGAGAGAAACGUUUCAUUCUUUUGGAAGUGUGAAAAGACUUAUUUAUUCUUCGAAAAAACAUAUUUUUGGCACUAAAAGGACAAUUAUAGGAAUCCCACGUUUUUCUUAAAGAUAUACUGCACAUAACUCUUACUGGCAAAUAUUUGUUUCUUGUAAGGAGAUACUUACGUGUUAGUGAUUUGCGUGAACUGUAAAUUUUAUUAACAAGAGUUAGCCACUUUGCAGCAUUAAAUCUUAAUCUUGAGGGACGAAAUUUCGGACAUUCAGAUGGAAGACGGCGAACUGUUCAAUUUGGACAGCCCAAAGCGGCAUUCUGACCCUGCACCUUGCACCAGUAAAGAUGGUCAUUCUACCGCUACAGCAUUCACAUUCAGCGUACCAGACUUAAGGAGUUAUGGAUCUUCACGAGCAUCAUCUACUUCUCCUAACCGUAGCCCCCUACUGGAUGGGACAGCCCGAGCAGGUACACCAAGUCCAGCUCGACACAGCCCUGCAGCUACAAGGCGUGGACGUGGGCACAAGCAUAGGAGAUUCAGCCAUGGUGCAGUAGCCAGUCCAGGAACCAUCAACUAUUUCAGUACAGCUCCUCGCAGAGCUACGCAUCCAAACACUUCUCCUGGAAGGUACAGAAGAGGUACUCUUUGGCAUGAUGAAGACCCUUGGCACCAAUACAGAACUCGAGCUAGUAGUAUCCCCAUACCAAACGGAGAUGACAAACCCUUCAUGGCUGAGGAAGGAGGAUAUUAUAGACUCAGAAGUUUUAGUGUCACGUCCAAGGGCAUCGUAAAUUUAGGGGAUUUUGUCAGGGCCAGAUCCCCAAGUGUUACAUCAGACGAAUCAAGUUCAGGAGUGGAGCAAGACUGCAGAGACCGGUUAUCUUCUGUGGAAUCGACAAUGUCCCAACCACCAACGACAACAAGGUAUAAAGUGCUUCUGCUAGGAGCGGAAGAAGUCGGCAAGACGUCUAUUGUAGCACAGUUUACAACGUCUGAAUGCCUCACAACAGUGGCAACUGACAUACAAGAGUCUUUAGGGAAGGGAACUAGAGCUGAAAUGAUUAAGAUAUUAGAAACGGUAACGUAAUAAAAGCAAACGAUUCAAAAGGUCAAAUGUAAAGCCUUCUCACGUUAUCCUUACAAGACUGAAAAGAUGUUCAUUUAAGGAAAAAGGUGCAAUGGAAAUAAAUAUAUUUUUAUCGGCAUAUUUAACAAAACCGUAAACGUUUCUUCCCCAAUUACGAGGAGGACGAUGAAAUCGAUUUUAACUCAGCGAUUUAAUUUGUACCUUAUCAACAUAAAAGACUUCGUUUGUAUAUAUAAAAAGAAAAGAGUUUCAUGCUCUGAUCACUGGAAUAAAAAAUGGAAUUAA